AUGAUUUCACAAAAAAGCACCAAUAAUUUAGAAGUUUCUCAACUAAAAGACUUUAUACAGAGUAAAUUUGAUCAUCAGCUAGACUGUCUGAAAUUAAGAAACACUGGAAAUAUGGCUCACACAAAUUUUGGACUAUUACCAGAAAAUAUGAAGACAACCCAUAAUGCUACAUAUAUACUACCAAAACUAAUGCCCACGUACCGAGGACACUGCCCAUGUGUAAAAUUUGAUUAUGGUCAAACAUAUGGUACUUACACAUGCAAGCAAUUUCAAGACUACAGAUCGACAGUGCUCCAGUCAUCAAUGACACCGUAUAAAGAUAGUGGAAAUUUUCCGACAAUUUAUUCACAUAAUCCAAAAUUUCUUUGGAACAAAAGAGUAAAAAGUCACGAAAGAUAUAGUGAUAGAUUCUGCUAUCAACUUUAUAACAAAGAUAACUAUAGAUCAAAUGAACUCAGGAAUUUCGAAAUGGCUAUUCAAAAACAUCGUGAGUAUUACCUAGAUAAAACUGGGACUAAAAAACCUGUUCCUGCAUUUUUAAUUCCGUUGAGUGAUGCACAAUUUAUUAAAGACAAAUAUUCAGCUUAA